CUGCCCCGGGGCGUGUUGGUACCUGCGGGAGGGCGCCCGGCGGAAAGUCCCUUCUUCCCAUGAUCAGCGCCUGCUCCCGGCGCUGGGCGCUCGCCAUGGACACUAUGAAAACCACCUACAUCGUGCUGGAGCUCAUCAUCGCCGUGCUCUCCAUCGCUGGCAACGUGCUGGUCUGCUGGGCCGUGGCCAUCAACAGCACCUUGAAGAACGCCACCAACUAUUUCCUGGUGUCGCUGGCCGUGGCCGAUAUCGCCGUGGGGUUGUUGGCCAUCCCCUUCGCCAUCACCAUCAGCAUCGGCUUCCACGUGGAUUUUCACAGCUGCCUCUUCUUCGCCUGCUUCGUGCUGGUGCUGACCCAAAGCUCCAUUUUCAGCCUGCUGGCUGUGGCCAUCGACAGGUACCUGGCUAUCAAGAUCCCACUGAGGUACAACAGCCUGGUGACCGGCAAGCGGGCGAGGGGACUCAUCGCAGUGCUGUGGCUGCUGUCCUUUGGGAUUGGACUGACCCCUCUGAUGGGCUGGAAUAAAGCCAUGAGCGGCUGUCCCAACGCCACCAACGAGACAGGGACAGAGCCCCAGGGCUGCUUCAUCUCGUGCCUCUUUGAGAACGUGGUGACCAUGAGCUACAUGGUCUACUUCAACUUCUUCGGCUGCGUGCUGCUCCCGCUCGUCAUCAUGCUGGGGAUCUACGUCAAGAUAUUCAUGGUGGCCUGCAAGCAGCUGCACCAGAUCGAGCUGAUGGGCAACUCCAGGACCACCCUGCAGAAGGAGGUACACGCAGCCAAGUCUCUGGCCAUCAUCGUGGGCCUGUUUGCCUUCUGCUGGCUGCCCCUGCACAUCCUGAACUGCAUCACGCACUUCCACGAGGGCUUCUCCAGCUCCAAGCCCGAGUGGGUGAUGUACGUGGCCAUCAUCCUGUCCCACGCCAACUCCGUCAUCAACCCCAUCAUCUACGCCUACAGGAUCCGGGAUUUCCGCUGCACCUUCCGCAAGAUCCUCUCCAAGAUCCUCUGCAAGGCCCAAGAGCUCCCCAAGUGUCCCUCGGAGCACAACCAGCACCUGACUGCCAUCAACAUCAGCUCCCCCGCGGCCUCGGUGACCGUGUGAGCCCGGCCCUGCUGCCCUGGCACUGCCCUGCCCUGCCCUGCCCUGCCCUGCCAGCAGGGCUCAGACAUGACCACUAUGGACUCGUGCAGCUCUGGUUUUAUUUUUAUUUUUAUUUUUGUAAUGAACGUCGUGCCUGGUAGAGGAGUGACCUGAGCGGGGACACUGAGUGCAGUUCGCCCUCCUCUGUAGCCCCUGGGGCUGUGAUCCCGUUGUGUUUCCUUUCCAGGUGUUUUCUUUCCAGGCUGGACACUGACUGGGGAAGACUCACCUGCUGGGGGGGUGUUUCCCCAAUUGUGCUGCUCAUGUCAAGUCAUAGGAUCUUUAUUUUAAUUAUUAUUAUUAUUUUUUUUAAUAUUUGGUUUCAUUUAGGAGUAAUAAUUUUGUGUCUGUUUUUUGAGUUGUUCUCCAAGUUCAUACUUGACAGCACUUUGGUAAUACCCUAAUUAUUCCAUCAA